UUGCCCUGUGAGCACCUGCGCCAAAUAACAAAGAAAGCCAAAAGUUUGUGCUCUUUAAUCUGUCUCUCUGUGCCGAUGUUGAAGAUUAGGAGCUUAUAAAGCUUCAUAUACUAAGAUAGUUCACUCUCUCCAGUUCAUCAUGAAUUACAGUCCUGAUAUAUCUAUAACGCGGAGAUCAUCCGCAGUCAGCCGUUAUUGCUCAGCUAAAUCAUACUUUGAUGAAAUUGAAGAACAAGAUGAAGGAGGGUCACGAUCUGAUAUCGAAAAUCAAUCUCCUGCCCGUCUGCAGGAUGCACUACUUUCUAAUAGUGGCAGGAAAACAAAGUGUCGGACACCGCAACAAAUUCUUUAUCAAGCUGCUUUGCGAGAUGAUUGGGGAGCUGCUGAACCUAUUCUGGAAAAGGAUUUGAGUUUAGCUAGAGCUAAGAUGACGGAACGUGGUGAAAGAGUUCUUCACAUUGCAGCUGUGGCAAGAAGCACACGAUUUAUACUGGAGCUAGUGAAUAAAAUGGAGGAAAGUGACUUGGAACUGCCAAAUAACGGGGGAACUAAUGCGUUUUGUUUUGCAGCUGCGUCAGGGGUUGUUAAAAUUGCUAGUAUAAUGCGGGAUAAGAAUAAGAAGCUACCCAACAUCAUCAGUAAACAUGGAAGUGCAAUCACAAUGGCUGCUUUGCUUGGACACAAAGAUAUGGUAGUAUAUCUUUACAAGGUCACAGAUCUUGCCGCACUAGACAACUUAGAACGCUUUGAACUUCUCGAAGCCACGAUCCAGCAUGAGUUGUAUGAUGUGGCGUUAGAUAUUUUCAAGAAAGACACAGCUUUGGCCACUACUAUAGUAGAAGGAAACCGAUCACUCUUACAUGCGUUAAGUAAGAAGGCUUUAACAAUCAGUUGGCGAGAUCCGGAUGGGAAGUGGAAAAGGUUCGUUCAUAUGCUAAAUGCCGGAAGUAUGCGAGUUUGUUCUCCAGUGCGGCGAAUAUUUAUUAGUAUGAUUUCCAGGAUGCCAUUUAUUACACGGUUCGAAAGGGUUUGGGUUAUUCGGGGUAAAUCAUUGCUGAAGAAGCAAGCUGGUGUGCUACUUGAGGAGCUCUGGGCAGAGUGUCUACAAUUGCCAGAGGCUGAGCUCGCGCGGUUAAUCUCAAAGACCCAAAUAUUGAAUUCUGCUGCAAAAGCAGGAAAUGUAGAGUUUUUAGCUGUGCUAAUUCGUGAUCAUCCUGAUCUGAUAUGGAAAGUCGACAGAAGAAAGCACACCAUUUUUCAUGUUGCUGCUUUACAUCGACAAGAAAAAGUCUAUAGUCUUAUACACCAAAUAGGAGCAGUUAAAGACUUGAUAACUCUUGGUGUUGAUGUUGAUGGCAAUAACAUUCUCCAUUUGGCUGGUAAGUUAGGGCAGCCUAUCCCUCUCAAACAGAAAAUCAGGCAACAAUUUGGAGAGAUAGAAGAGCUCAAACAGAAACUUGGGCAGCCAAUGCCUUGUAAUGAUAUAAUCUUGGAAUCUAUUAAGCAGCUUUUGGAAGAGAUCCUUCAACAGAGACUGGCUGAGCAAACACCUGCCAAUAUUGAAUAUGAAGAAGCUCUUCAACAAUUAAUUACUGAGAUUGAUCAAAAAAUUGGACAGCCAAGCCCUUGCAAUAUUAUAAUGAGGAAAGCACUACAAAAACUGAUUAGAGAGAUCGAAGCCAUUAAAAAGUUAGCAGAGACAGUGUGCUUUAAGGAGGAAGAGAAGAUUAUGCCACCGUCAUUUCUCCGGGUAUCUGGAGCAGCUCUUCGACUGCAAAGAGAGAUAUUGUGGUUUAAGGAGGUGGAGAAAAUUGUACCACCUUCAUUUCUCAGGAUGAAAAACAAUGAUGAAAAAACCCCAAGGCAAUUAUUCUCAGAAGAACACAAGCUGUUGUUGAAAGAAGGUGAAAGGUGGAUGAGAGACACUGCAAAUUAUUGUAUGAUUGUUGCAACUUUGAUUGCCACAGUGAUGUUUGCUGCAGCCUUCACUGUGCCAGGCGGUAAUAAUGACAAUGAAGGUACCCCCAUAAUGCUAAAACUGAAAGGAUUUACGGUUUUUGUCAUAUCAGAUGCAGUGGCAAUGUUCUGCUCAAUUGUUUCCAUAAUUAUGUUCUUGUCCAUUCUUACUUCUCGCUACAAUGAAGACGACUUUCUUGUGUCAUUGCCGAAGAAAUUACUCCUUGGACUCACUACACUCUUUGCCUCGAUAGUUGGCAUGCUCGUGGCUUUUGCAGCAACUUUCUUCUUGGUCUAUAAUAAUCAUAUGGCUUGGCAGCCAAAGCUCAUUGCUGCUAUUUCUGGUGUUCCUGUUGCUUUAUUUGGGUGUUUACAUUAUAAGCUAUGGUGGGAUACUGUAAAAUCAACAUACUGGUCCAAAUUUCUUUUUAAACCGGGAAAGCACAGAUUGUAUUAACAGACAGAUCUCGAGUCAUAUUGGAAUAAGAAACAGCAACAUUUCACAUUCUCGGGUCAUACGGGAACCAAGUUUCCUGUUUUAGAAGGUGAUGCUUAUUUCAAAUAAGCUACUUGCGAUGUUCUUUUGACAAACGUGCACAACUACAUGUUAGGGAGGAGCUCUCUUACCUGUGUUUUAGGAAUGUAGGGUGUGUUUGGUAUGUAGGAACAUAUUUUCUGGAAAUUGUUUUCCAGUUUUCCAAUGUUUGAAACAACUGAAUAUUUAACAGCCAUAUUUGGUGCUGCAAGUUUAUGUUAAAAACA